CAUUUAUAUUCUUGUAAAAAUGGCGCGCGGUGAUAGUUGUCAUUAUUCCGUGAAAUAUAACGUUGGAGAAGUGGUUAGAGCCAAAGCCUCUAAUGUUCCAGUGCACUUUAAAAACACCGUUGAGGCAGCACGUCAACUUAAAGGUCUUUCAGUUCAAAAAGCCGAAAAUUACAUGAAAAACGUGCUAGCUCGGAAAGUUUGCGUGCCUUUCAGGCGAUUCAAGAGCGGAAUUGGGAAAUGCGGACAAGCUAAACAAUUCAAGACUGUAGUUGGACGUUGGCCGGUCAAAUCAAUCAAAGCCCUUCAAAUGUUGUUGAGGAAUGCUGUUUCUAACUGCGAUUACUUCGGGAAAGAUCCUGCGGAUUUUAUGAUCCAGCAUAUUCAAGUAAAUCAAGCUCCUGUUGUAACUCGGAGGACUUACAGGGCUCACGGAAGAAUUAACCCUUUUGUGCGUCAUUUAAGCCAUUUGCAGAUUAUAUUGAGUGAAAAAGUCAAAUUAUAAGCUAAAUAUGAGUAAUAAAUAGGUCUUUG